CGGAAAGAAGAACAGCGCGCAUUGCAAGCAAAUAGAUAGCCCCCACCCAUUCGAGUCAUUGCGAGCCGGAAAGAAUAUCAGUGGUUUAAGCCUGGUCCAGCCCUUCAACCAAAAACAAAAAAAAAACUUGGUCCAUCAAACUUUGAGCCUGGUCCAUCGCUCUCUUCUCUCUCACUUUCUCACUCACCUCCUCCUUCGUCUCUUACGACCGCAGACUGACUUUCAGCCUCCGCCGUCACGACCGCAGCCUCCUUCGCCACCGGCUCGCCGCCGUCACGCCUCACGCGCUGCCAGUUCCUCUUAGCCAUUGAAUUUGUGGAUUGAAGGAAACAAUGCUUCCUCAGCGCAUGAAGAAAGCAAUCACUGAUAAUCCGAAGAAGCUUGCCAACUUGAUUGACCUAGUGAACCUUCCAUCCACGCUCAGAGACUUCGUGGGUCAAUCUCAGAUUUCUCGUUUGGGUUGUUUCAUGCGCGUUUGGUCCUACAUCAAAACCAACAAUCUCCAGGAUCCAAACAACAAGAAUGUGGUCAACUGUGAUGAGAAGUUGAAGAGUAUUUUGUUGGGGAAACCUCAGGUUGAGUUAGCAGAACUUCCUUCACUUAUCAAGCUUCAUUUUCCAAAAGAGUCCAAGUGAUGAGGGUCAUACAAAUCAAGAUGUCUGUCUUAUUGGAAAGCAAAACCUUUCUCAAGAUGAGUCUCUGAAUCUGUUUCCUAUUUCACCUUUUACGCCCUCAUACUGUGACGACAUCAGUGUUAGGAACAUAGCUGUUGCACCAGCAGAUUGACACUUCUCUUUAUAGUGUAUGAAUGGAUUGAUCUUAUUACAUGUGAUCCAACUUAGAAAUGUCCUGCUUCACAGCAUGCUUUGGCCACUUUCUAAAUUUUUUAUCAGUAGUUUUGUUUAUGAGAGUUAUGAUUCUGUAUACAUAAAUUGGAUGUUUUUAUAAUUUAUGGCGAGUCAUUUUAUUAGUC